AUGUCUUCACGAAUUCCUUUACAACUAAUGUCAAGUAAUACACCUGAUUAUUAUUAUUCUUCUUCUUCUUCUUCUGUAAUGUAUGAACCAUAUUGUAAUUGUUGUUAUUAUGAAAAUCAAUCAAUACAUAUGGAAAAUUCUUAUCAAACAUCUUAUAUGGAAUUUAAUUUGAAUCCAAUAUCAACAUCAUCGUCAUCAGUAUCAAAUGAUUCAAAAAAGAAAUCAAUAACACGUCGAUCAAAACAUAUUCCACAUCAUCUUCGACCACAACAUAUUGUUGAACGACGUAAUAGACGUGAACGAUUACGUGUACAAGAUGUUAAUCAAGCUUUUUAUAUGCUUCAACAACUUUUACCUUUAGAUUCAAAUUCAACAACAACAACACACAAUAAUAAUAAUGAUGAUGAUGAUAAUAAUAAUAAUAAAGAACAAUUAAAUAUGACACAAAAUUCAUCUCGUAUAUCAAAAGUUCGAACACUUCGUAAAGCAGUUGAUUAUAUAGAAGCACUUCAAAAAAUGUUAAAUGAAAAUAAUUAA